UCACCAAGAUAUAAUUCUUGAAAAGGUUCCUGUUUUGCUGAAACGAUUCUGUUUGUUGUUUCUGACGGAUGGCUUCAAGAUCUCUUUUACCGGCUAUUGAUACGGCCAAGCAGCUGUAUACACCCCACGCAAUUUAUAUUUCAACUGCUUAAACAGUCAUUUAUCAGCGUAGGCGAGAAAAACAAAGAGAAUUCUUGCUUUGUCGGAAGCCCUUUGAGGUCGCCCCGCAACGAUCUGCAUGGGACAGGAAUUUGAAUUGAAUUAGCAAUCAAGUGGGCGAACCGAGUUUAAAUAGGCGAAAAGACUUGCUAGAAUUUCAUACACAUGGAUCUAGACUCUGUUUGCUGGCGUCGUGACUUCUGACUUCAUGUACUAUGGGUGUAAACAAUUUCAGCUACGUUAUUUUGUUUUUGGCCGCCUCUUUUGGGUCAACCGCCUUCACUAGUCAAGUCGAUAAAGAUAGGGAACUCACUAACAAUUUGCUGGACGCUUUGAAUAGAGUCCUGACUUUUUAUGACCACGAUCACAAGACGGUCAACUUAGAUGGAGUCUAUGGUUUACGCGUGGCCGAAGGGUCACUUAAAAAAAUAUUGGAAGAGUUUAAAGGGGGAAAGGUGUUCUUGAGCAGAAGGGAUUUCAAUUCUAUCAGAGCACUUUGGACUCGAGCUGGUCAAAUUUCCAAAAGAGCUUUACCCUAUCUUCAGAAGCACAAUCCUGCAUACUUCCAUCGGUUCAAGAAACAAGUAUCGGGUCCUUGGCUUGAAUUCAAAGCCUUUAGAAAACUAGAUGUGGCACUCAUUGUCCCUGUGAACAAGAGAGAGAGCAUAGAAUUUGAUGAAGACACAAGUGAUAAAUGCAUGGAGGAAAUGUCAGGAACUGGAGAAAUCAAAGUUCCGUGUCGGCUAUCUGAUAGCUGUUGGAGGAUGAUGAUGUUUAAGGGUGCAGGAGGCUAUACUCUCACGCAUCAAGCUCUAUUCCUGUUGCUAGGAGAGACGCAAGGUUGUAGAAACAAGCUUGAUGAAAAGAUUAAAAAGUCCAAGAGUGGUACUGGUCUCCAGCAAGUAUAUGACCGCAUUUGUGCCAGUAUGUACCCGCAGAUGGUAGAGUUCGAGAAGCACCCCAACUCAGAUGGGCGGGAUUUGUAUAUGGAGCAAGCAAUGGUCUGCGGGAUGAUGGGGUACUCCAGGUUCCUUUCUAAGAAUAGAUUAAAAAAUAUUCUAAGCUGGCAGAAUGCUAAGGGUUGCUAUGGCGAUGAUGAGAGCAAUGAUGAUAGAGACGUCUAUGACAUAUCGUAUGACAAGGGCAGGAUAUAUGGCCGGAUCCCGCAGUAUGAGGAAAUAAGCAGACGAGACAUUAAACAAGUCGCAAGUGCCAGGAAACUCUUGAGUAUGAAGACAAUGCGAUCCUUGCUGGUUGAAAAGGCCCUUGAAGAUGGGUGCAUGUCUCAUAUUACUGGAGUGGCUACGGGGCUACUAGGGGUGUACUUGCGAUGGCUUGUGCACAAUGCCCCACAGAAACAAAGCCCCAUGUUUGAUGGCUUAUCUGAGGCUGAGCAAGUCAGAAAAUCAACCAACAAGGAAGGGCCUCUCUUUCUUCGCCAUAUAAUGGGCUCUCAUGAACAGUUGGCAGGUGCUGCCUUAAACACUGAAAAUACUCUGGGAUCAUCGAAAGUUCCGGAGUUAGCUAUUGUCUGUGUUUCUCUUUCAGCACUUGCAGUGGUUACUUGGAAAGUUCGCAAAUUUUCACCACAUUUCAGAUAUUUUAAAAAGAGAGGUCAUACUAUAUAGUUAGUCAAUUUUCUCCUUGCAGAGGAAUUACACUUUUUUGUAAUAGAUGUAUCUAAUAAAAUAGGGGGAUUAUAAAAGGGAAUUUAGUUCUCUAUGCACAAAAAAUUGACGCGUUAAAAGAAUAUUUUUAUAGAAAAAAUCGUAAUAGUCUAGGUAGACUAAGUGAACUUGCCCUACCAAGUGUGACAGCCUGCCUGAUAUGAGUAUUUGUCUAGGAUGUAUUGUAAUCGCCUUAUAAGGCUAAAAUUCUAACGUAAGAUGACCGUUUGGAUGCUGACCAUCCUACGAGAGGUACAUUUAUUUUCGGUAAUCGCCUUAAAACUCUACGGUCGUUUUAUGUCGAGUGCUCACUCGAGGUCACCUCCGGCCCCAAAGAAGGCUGGCCAUUUAAAAGCUGUUCGAUUGUUCAUAGCUUAAAGUUAUCAAAAAUUGAUUUGUAAACCACUACUUUGAUUAAAUAGUUAUAUUCUCAAUGUA